AUGGUGAUGGUCAAUUCGAUGUCCUUUUCCAACAUCAGCUCUUAUCUUCCGAGACUAUGCCUGCCGCAUAAGUCAGUCACCGGGCCACCGCGAACCACAAGGACGAAAGUGUUCGCGGUACUCUCGGACCCUCACGUUCUCCGGCUGGCGGAGACUCUCGAGGACUCCAUCGCCUCCUCCUCCUCCUCCUCUCCGCCGCCGCCUCUCCAGAAGCUCCGGGACAUCUCAUCCCAAUCCCUUCUGUCCACGCCCUGGCCCUCGCGGAAGGACGAGCCGUUUAGAUUCACGGACACCUCGUUUAUUAGGAACUCUGAUGUUCAGCCUAUUUCCCCUUUAUCCACGCAGUCUCUUGCUUAUUUGAGCGGCUUGAUUGAUACCCUUUCCCCUGGUCUCGCUAUUGUCGAUGGUUAUCUGAUGGACGAUUUGUCGCACCUACCCGACCUGCCCGUCGGGGUGUUUGUGGGAGCUUUAUCCAGAUUGAACUCAGAGGAUGUAAUGGAAAAGGUGUCCAAAUACGUCUCUGGUUUUCAGGGGGAUUUGUUUUGGUCACUCAAUGGUGUGGGUGCUCAGGAUAUGAUUAUCGUGUACGUGCCUCAGGGCUGUAAGGUUGAGAAACCUCUGCAUUUGAGGUUCUUUUCGCUGAAUGGAAGUGAUAAGGAUUCGAAAACCCUGCCGGUUUCGAAUCCGAGGGUUUUGGUUUUGGUGGAGAGUGGUGGGGAGAUUAGUAUAGUGGAGGAGUAUAGUGGUGGAGAUGGGGAUGAUAAGUGUUAUUGGACAAACUCGGUUAUGGAAAUUGUUAUAGGAGAUGCAGGGAAGGUCAGCCAUUCGUAUAUUCAGUCACAGUCUUUCGGUGCUGCACAUGUUAAAUGGACUUCUGUUCGCCAGGAGUCGAAAAGUGUCUAUGAGGUAAGUGAAGUAAGCACUGGUGGAAAGUUGAGCAGGCACAAUCUCCACGUUCAGCAAGUAGGGGCAGAUACUGUAACAGAGUUAUCCACAUUUCACUUAUCAGUCGGCGAUCAACUACAAGACUUGCAUAGUAAACUUGUCUUGGAUCAUCCACGGGGGGUUUCACGUCAACUUCACAAGUGUAUUGUGGCACAUUCUCAAGGCCAAGCUGUUUUUGAUGGCAAUGUUCAAGUCAAUAGAGAAGCUCAGCAAACAGAUGCCGGACAGCUCACGAGGAGCCUUCUUUUGUCACCUCGGGCAACGGUCAACGUGAAACCGAACCUCCAAAUAAUUGCUGAUGACGUGAAGUGCUCCCACGGAGCUGCCAUUAGUGACCUUGAGGAGAAUCAGCUUUUCUACUUGCGAGCGCGUGGUAUUGACUUGGAAGCUGCAAGAAGAGCUCUGAUUUUCUCGUUUGCGGCUGAGGUGAUCGAGCAUUUUCCCGACCCUGCGGUUAGGAAGAAAGUUGAGAGUCUCAUAAGGUCGUUGUUCGAUGCGACACUCGCUCCAAAGUAA